UGCGCAUGCGCACAAUAUGUUCCCCCUCCCCUCGGGGUGAGGCCGGGGGAGGAGGCUCCAGGUCCGGACUCUGAGCCAGGAGAGACCGGGGACCGAGGCCCAAGGGCAGGCCGCAGCACUGAGUGCAUCCGGUUAAAGAGCAGGCGUCAAGAUGAUGAGGUUUAUGCUGCUCUUCAGCCGGCAAGGGAAACUCCGCUUGCAGAAGUGGUAUGUGGCUACAUCAGAGCGGGAGAAGAAAAAACUUGUACGGGAUCUUAUGCAGACAGUGCUAAGCCGGAAACCCAAGAUGUGUAGCUUUCUGGAGUGGAAGGACCUUAAAGUUGUCUACAAAAGAUACGCCAGUCUAUACUUCUGCUGUGCAGUUGAGGACCAGGAUAAUGAGCUCAUAACCCUAGAGUUAAUUCACAGAUACGUGGAGUUGCUGGACAAAUAUUUUGGCAGCGUGUGUGAACUUGAUAUCAUAUUUAACUUUGAAAAGGCUUAUUUUAUUCUGGAUGAAUUUCUGAUGGGAGGUGAAAUCCAAGACACAUCGAAGAAGAGCGUACUUAAAGCAAUUGAACAGUCAGAUAUGCUGCAGGAGGAGGAUGAGUCACCGCGCAGUGUUCUGGAGGAGAUGGGAUUAGCUUGAUACUCAAUCAUAUACACUUCCCCUUUUUUCUUCCAUUCCAGUUACAGCAACAUUUACCCUGAUCACAGCAAUUUUCCAACAUUUACACAAUGACCUCGGCCACCUAGGAUUUCACGUGUGUGUGUGUGUGUGUGUGUAGCUGCUUGUGUAAAUUGGAGUGUGUGGUGAUAUUAAAUGGGAAAACAAAGGGACCAAUUACUCAGCCAGACCUAUCCAAACCCACCUGUGGAUGUGAGUUAAGUCAUUUCUGCCCUCACUUGUUUACCUGAUUAUGUUUUCUACUAAGUGAGGCAGAUGAAUAUGUGCUGGAGCACUUUCACAUCUUCCCUUGAUCUGAACAUUUGGUGAUGGGCACUUGUCUGUAGAUUAUAAUUCUGUGCUCUCCCGUUCUCUAGGCAAAGCACUGUAUUAACAUUAGUGCUGGGGAAGGAUGGGGUGUAUGACAGCUAGCUGCCCAUCCUACCCUGAAACAUAUCACGCUCCCUCUGUGUCCGUGACAAGGACCUCCUUCCUGCACGUUCUUCUAAAUAAAACAUAGGUGCUGCUA